AGUUAAGGGCUCCGCCCUCGACUGCUUUCCUGUGGUGGGCAAAGCCGUCAGGCCCGCCCACUGACUCGGCGGAGUUGGGUCGACCCUAUUCUACCCAGGUCGGAAUGGCAGCAACGCUGAUCCUGGAGCCCGCCGGCCGCAGCUGCUGGGACGAGCCGGUGCGCAUCGCCGUGCGGGGCCUGGCCCCUCAACAAGCCUUGAGGACGUCGCUGCGCGCGUCCCUGCGCGACGAGAAUGGCGCGCUCUUCCGGGCCCACGCGCGCUACGGCGACGCCCGCGGGGAGCUGGACCUGGAGCGCGCGCCCGCGUUGGGUGGCAGCUUCACGGGGCUCGAGCCCAUGGGGCUGCUCCGGGCGUUGGAGCCAGAGAAACCCUUGGGGCAGCUGGUGAAACGCGACGUGCGGACGCCCGUCCGCGUGCAGCUGGAAGUGCUGGACGGCCACGACCCCGAGCCCUGGCGGCUGCUGUGUCAGGCGCGGCACGAGCGCGACUUCCUCCAGCCCGGCGUGCAGCGCGAGCUGGUGCGUGCGGGCCGGGUACGCGCCGCGCUCUUCCUGCCGCCAGGCAAGGGGCCCUCUCCCGGGAUCACUGAUCUAUUUGGGAGUAGCGGUGGCCUUUGUGAAUACAGGGCCAGCCUCCUGGCGGGACACGGUUUUGCUGUGCUUGCUCUGGCUUAUUUCAGAUUUGAAGACCUCCCCGAACAUCUGAAUGAUAUACACCUGGAGUACUUUGAAGAAGCCGUGGACUUUGUGCUGCAGCAUCCAAAGGUGAAAGGUCCUAGUAUUGGGCUUCUUGGAUUUUCCAAAGGAGGCGACCUGUGUCUCUCAAUGGCUUCUUUCUUGAAGGGCAUCACAGCCACUGUAGUUAUUAAUGCCUGUGUAGCCAACACAAUAGCUCCUCUGCAUUACAGGGAUAUGAUUAUUCCUAAACUUGUCAGUGAUACAGGAAAAAUAAAAAUCACUAAGUCAGGAUUUUUCAAUAUGAUGGACAGUUGGAGCAAUCCAUUGGAGGAACGCAAUCACCAAAGUCUUAUUCCAUUGGAAAAGGUCCAGGGGCCUUUCUUGAUUAUUGUCGGCAUGGAUGAUCAAGGCUGGAAGAGUGAAUUCUACGCUCAGAUAGCCUCUGAAAGGUUACAAGCCCAUGGGAAAGAAAGACCCCAGAUAAUCUGUUACCCAGGCACUGGUCAUUCUAUUAACCCACCUUAUUUUCCUCCUUCUAGAAUCUCUGUGCAUGCAGUUUUGGGUGAAGCAGUCGUCUAUGGAGGUGAGCCAAAGGCUCACUCAAAGGCACAGGUAGAUGCCUGGAAGCAAAUUCAAACUUUCUUCCAUAAACAUCUCAAUGGUAAAAAAUCUGUCAAGCACAGCAAAAUGUAACAUUGUAGCCACAGACCAGAUACCCUUAAUAAAAAUCCUAUUCAUAUA